AUGAUAUAUAUGUAUAAGAAUUUAAAUGCUGGAACAAUUGAUCUAAAACAAAAAUUAACAAUAAGCCUUUUGCAAGGCUUAGUUGAUAAAAACGAAGAAAUAAAAAACUUAUUAAUACAAUUCUGGUAUGAACAACCAGAAUUCUCACAAGACACACAAACAACAUUAAAAAAUACAAUCGGGGCAUUGUAUUAUGCUGAAAUUGAACAACUGUUUUUAAAUUACUCAUGUUUGCUAUUGCUCGAGCGUUCAAAAAAAAGCAUUGAAUAUAAACGAGCUUUAUUUCAAGAACCUUUACCACAAUCCAAAUUCGAUGAAAAUUAUGAGGACAUUGACACUUCUUGGGAAAUGAGCAACACAAUGACUCCUUUAUUU